UGUUUUUUGAAAGAGCCGCCACUUCACCAGCAGCGCGCAUAACGCGUCUUGUUCCGAUACUGAGAUGCGUUAAAAAUCGUGCAUCACGCGAUGUCUCCGGAGCUGACAUCGCGAAAGUUUCGAUCCCCGCAUGAACGACUUCUCGCACACUUCUCUUAUAAUUUUUUUUAUUUUGCACUUCGGAGUCUUUGUCGCCCGAUAUCAAAACACGCGACACGCAACGCCCAACACGACGGAGGUGGGCUCGAAGUACUCGGGAUCAAUGUCAAGCUCAUCACAAUGUAUUCGUACUACAACUGCCGCUUCGUUUCUGUUCAAGAAAUUACAAUCUCACGAAAAUCGUGACACGGCGACAGUUAAAUGGGCUUCGGAGCGAGACUCAACCGAGUCUGGUCCUCGUGUCGCAGGGAAUAUAUUUUGCUCGCACCGUGCCAUUCUGGGACGCGUCUUUGUGCGAUCUUUUUCCAUGGCGCGCCGAAAUUACGAGAGCUCGGAGGGGGCACCGGGGCCCGACGCGGGUGUUUUGACGGCCGCGGUUCAUGAUGAGGUCAGCCGGUCUCGCUUUCUCGAAAGGCGAGUCUCGUCGCGCUUCAACUCGCGAGAAACGGGCCUCGUCUUCCCGUGUCUCGCGGCGAACGGCGGUGAUGGAGAGAAGAAGCGGGAGGACGCAGCCUUAAGCUCGUAAUGACCCAUCUCCGACAAAUUACCACUCGAGUGGCAUUGUGUGCGAGCCCCGGGCCGAUGCACCUUCUUCUCUACCUCCUCC